UUAUUUAACUGAAACUUAGCCCUUGGAUUGAAUCACGCUGCGCUUUGUCGGCGCAGCUGAAGAAUCAUAAUAUUUAUUGAUUCAGCUGAAUCGAAAGAGCUAAAGAAACAAACCGCAAUAUGAUAUUCACGAUGUCAAUGAUAAAAGCAAAUGCAGCUCGCCCAGUGCCCAAGCAAGCGCGUGUUUCACGCAAGAGAACGGACGUCAAUCUGGCUGGAAGCGGCAGUGUUCAACCCAUCAGCAGCGCCGGGAACAGCAGCAGCACCACCACCAUUUGCAAUAAUCAUAAAUAUAAGACUGAACGGCCGUCCGGGCAGCUGGCACAGAAGAUGGCAUCCACCGGGGAGAUCUGGCUGCAGUGGUUCUCAUGCUGUUUCCAGCAGCAGCGUUCACCCUCCCGCCGACCGCAUCAACGCCUGCGCAUCGAUCGCUCGAUGAUCGGUAGUCCGACAAAUUUCGUACACACCGGUCACAUUGGAUCCGCCGAUGUGGAGCUGUCCGCGAACCGCCUCAAUGCGAUCUCAACCCAAAUGCAGAGCAAGGGCGGCUACGAGACAAACUCGAUUCACUCUCUGCACGCCUGCUGAUGAAGAAUCCCCACACCCAAUGGCCACUAAAUGCAUUUUGUGCAAUUUUCUUCGUAGCAAUAACAACAAAAAAUGGAAAAGAAAAAAUUAUAAAACAACAUUUUUUUUGUGAUACUUCUUUGUUAAACGCGAGCGUGUUAUCAAACGGCGAGGGUGAUAAACGGAGGAGCAACCGGCUGGGUGGGUGCUGACAACGCCAGAGGUAAAAGAAAGGGAUUCCACACAACAACAACAACAAGAAUAUCAAUCAUGUGGAAUAUGAGAACGGACAAUGGACUCCAUGGAGAGCGAGCGUAUUAGCUAUUAGUCGGUACUACCCGUAUAUAAACCAAUAACUGUCUAGACCCAACUCUGUAAACGCCCGAUUGCAAUUGUUUGUGCCUUUUGCGAGUAUUAUAUAGAUGAAAAAUCGCAAAAGUUCGCAGAUCUAAAGUCGAGAGUAUUUAGUAGAAAAAAAAUAACAGUUCAUAGUCCGAGGAUUUUUAAUUUUUUUCUUUAUAUUUUUAUUUUGGUAAUAUAUAAUGUACUUAAUGCCAAAACAGUUAAGAUCAUUGUGCAAGUUUUUCCUAUAGGGCGUGCAACUGAUGAUAACAUUUCCAUUAUAGAAUCCAGAGAACAGAACUGCCUUAUUUCGAAUUGCGUAAUGCCAAACAGAUCCAGAUAAUAUAUAUGCACACACACAAAUAUAUAUAUAUAUAUAUAUAUAUAUAUAUAUAUAUCAACUGUUGUGCUAGUUAUAACUGAACAAAGCAAUUUUACAAAGCUGAUUUAGCAUUUAUAUAAUGUUACAAACUUUACAAAAAAAAACUUAAUGACAACAAAUUGUCGCACAAUCAACUUUUGAAAUGAAAAACAAACCGUAAAAUGUAUAAUUUAUGAU